AGACCGUUCAGGGCCCAGCCCAAGACCCGCACUGACCUCGAAGCACACUCUGCUGAGACCUCGCGACGCGCCGACGCCGUCGUCCUCCACUCCUUCCUCGCCCGCGCCGUCGAAUCCCGCCUCCAGCCAUCGAAGCGCGCCAGGCAACGACACCACUAACCCCGCCUCGUGGUUGUCCUGCUGAUCCUCCUCCAUUUGCCGUUAUUGGGUUGCCGUGGGGUUUUGAUUCAUCGGAGUUUAGAUUGAUUUCUUCCGCUGGUAAGGAACCCUAACUUGCUUGGGUGUAUCUUUCGAAGAACUAACCAUGGGCACAAGGCUUAUGAAGGGCUUGAGCCUGAAGAGGCUCUUAGCACAGUGGAGCUCAGCUGAUCUUUGGCGUAAAUCACGAGCAUUCAGCUCCACUGUAUCUUUUUCUGAUCUCGAUGAGAAGGAUGAUAUGGGUGGCAAAGGUGAUGAUGAAUUUAAAGGUCCUAGGAAAAAUAAGGAACAUCAAUUCCGUGGUGUAUACCGGGCAAUUAUUUGUGGCAAAGUUGGACGAGUGCCCGUGCAGAAAAUAUUAAGUAACGGGCACACGGUAACUGUAUUCACUGUUGGGACAGGUGGAAUGUUUGACCAGAGGAUAGUAGAUGAUAACUUGCCAAUGCCAGCACAGUGGCAUCGGAUAGCUGUCCAUAAUGAGGAGCUUGGUGCAUAUGCUGUUCAGAAGUUGGUCAAGAAUGCUGCAGUCUAUGUUGAGGGUGAUAUCGAGACUAGAGUCUACAAUGACAGAAUCAAUGAUCAAGUGAAAAAUAUACCGGAGAUCUGUUUGCGACGUGAUGGCAAAAUACGCUUGCUUCAAUCAGGGGAAAGUGAUGUCAGCAAAUCUUUAGAUGAAUUAAGGGAAGGACUAUUCUAGCUGCAACGCAAAGGACUGAUGGCUAGGACAAGGAGUUGGACGAGCAUUAGAUUUGCUCCUUGAGCAGGUUGAUGGGAAUGCCCAAUGCUCUUACUAUGUUUGGCAGCAUUACGCCAUUAUAUGUCGGAGUCAUGCUCUUGGUGUCCUUGCAGAUGCUAAAAGUCUGCUCUCUUUCAAUUUGUUUCUGUUUUUUUUCUUCUGAAUUUAGCUGAAGGGGUCAUCUUAUGGAUGUUGAAAUAAAUCCACGGUGUCAUCGAAGAUAAGAAUGAACGACAUUUCAUCCAUUACUUCAUAAAUUUGCAGUCUUCUCUCA